AUGAAGUCGAGUAUUUUAGGAUUAUUUACAUUGGCCGCUAUUGGUCAAUGUGCCACUACGGAUUUACUUGGAUUUUACGAUUCCAUCUUGAAUAACAUCCCUACCUUUGGUGCUGUUUCUGAUUGGAAUAAUUACUAUUCUAAUUAUGCGUCCUACCUUACAGCUUACUACUCUGAUUAUUCAAACUACUUCACUGACUACACAAACUACUUGUCUGACUAUUCCAACUACUUCACUGAUUAUACAAAUUACUUGUCUGAUUAUACAAACUACUUUUCAGAUUAUUCAAAUUACCUUACAGGAGUACCAGGUCUCGAUACAAGUCUCUUAGGUUAUUAUCAGACCUGGGUGGCUUCAAAUUCUGACUUGUUCAAUCAAAUUAACAGCAUAGAUCCAGGUAAAUUUGAAAGUUUUGCUAGUGAGGUUUCCAAACAUAGUUUUGAUCCAAAAUUUGCAACUGCAGCCUGGGCUUCAUUUACUAAAGCAAAUACGCUCGAUCUUCCUUUCUCUGUGUUUCCAGGAUAUUCACGUUUUUCUUUGGCUAGUGUCACAGGUGGGGAUACUAAAAGCACUGAUGCAACUGAUGCAACUGAUGCAACUGCAACUGCAAAUGAUGCUUCAACAUCUACAACAGGACCAAUUACUUCAAACACAGCCAAGUCUUCCGCUUCAUCUGUUGCUUCUUCCUCUUCGUCUGCUGCCUCAUCUAGUGCAUCUUCUUCAACAAGAUCUGGUGGUGGGAACUCACUUACCAUUGCACCUAUUGGUGUUUUGCUUGGAUUAGUUGGUGCUGCUUUGUUAUAA